CCCAUGACAGUGUGUCAAUUUGGUGAUCGGGGCAUCACUUGGUUGUCAUCAUGAAGUUUAAUAUAGAUGAUCUUCCGGUACUCUUCCCGUAUCCGAGAAUCUACCCUGAGCAAUAUGCCUAUAUGUGUGACCUUAAGCGCACCCUGGAUGCCAAGGGCCAUUGCGUACUCGAAAUGCCUUCAGGGACAGGAAAGACGGUGUCACUUUUGUCAUUGAUUGUAGCGUAUCAACAGUACUAUCCUGAACAUCGCAAGUUAAUAUAUUGUUCACGAACCAUGUCAGAAAUCGAAAAAGCACUGGCUGAACUAAAGGCCUUGAUGGCCUACCGUGCUGAACAACUGGGGUAUGUCGAAGAGUUUCGGGGCUUGGGAUUGACCAGUCGGAAAAACUUGUGCCUUCAUCCUUCCGUCAAACGAGAGAAAAGCGGCUCAGUGGUGGAUGCUCGUUGCCGCAGUCUAACAGCGGGCUUUGUUAAAGAGAAAAAGGAAAGAGGUGAAGAUGUGGAUCUCUGUGUCUAUCAUGAUAACCUUGACUUACUGGAACCACACAAUCUGAUACCCCCCGGAGUAUGGACAAUAGACGGGACAAUACGCUACGGUGAGCAGCAUAAACAGUGUCCAUAUUUUACGGCAAGACGGAUGAUGCCUUUCUGUAAUGUCAUAAUAUACUCGUAUCAUUACCUUUUAGACCCGAAAAUAGCGGAAAGGGUGUCCAAGGAGCUUUCGAAAGACUGCAUCGUGGUUUUCGACGAGGCCCACAAUAUUGAUAAUGUUUGUAUAGAAUCUCUUAGCAUCGACCUUACAGAAGACUCCUUAAGGAAAGCUGCUCGGGGUGCAAAUAAUCUCGAGCGUAAAAUUACGGAAAUGAAGUCCUCUGAUGCUGAGAAGCUACAAAACGAGUACGCGAAGCUUGUGGAGGGACUGCGGGAUGCAGGAGAUGCAAGAGAUGAGGAUGCGUUUAUGGCUAAUCCUGCAUUGCCUGAUGACCUCCUCAAGGAGGCCGUCCCGGGGAACAUUAGAAGAGCAGAGCAUUUUGUCGCCUUUUUGAAACGUUUUGUUGAAUACCUCAAGACUCGUAUGAAAGUUCUUCAUGUUAUCUCGGAAACGCCGCCGUCUUUCCUUCAGCAUCUCAAAGAGCUGACUUUCAUCGAAAGAAAGCCAUUGAGAUUUUGUGCAGAGCGUCUCACUUCACUAGUUCGCACUCUCGAGCUCACCAACAUCGAAGAUUAUCAACCUUUGCAGGAAGUUGCUACAUUUGCUACGCUCGUAGCAACUUAUGACAAGGGAUUUUUAUUAAUUCUUGAGCCAUACGAAUCUGAGACAGCUACUGUCCCAAACCCUAUUUUUCACUUCACGUGUUUGGAUGCUGCGAUUGCCAUAAAGCCCGUUUUUGACCGAUUCAGCUCCGUCAUCAUCACUUCGGGAACAAUCUCUCCGCUCGAGAUGUAUCCAAAAAUGCUAGGGUUCAACACUGUAGUGCAGGAGUCGUAUAGCAUGACUCUGGCACGUCGGUCCUUUUUGCCUAUGAUUGUUACAAGAGGCAGUGACCAAGUUGCCAUAAGCUCGGGCUUUCAAAUACGCAAUGAACCCAGCGUUGUUCGGAAUUAUGGAAAUCUUCUUAUGGAGUUUUCGAAAAUAACCCCGGAUGGGAUCGUCGUCUUCUUUCCAAGCUAUCUUUAUAUGGAGUCUAUCAUCAGUAUGUGGCAAGGAAUGGGUAUUCUCGAUGAAGUUUGGAAAUACAAGCUCAUUCUUGUCGAGACACCAGACAGUCAAGAAACUUCCUUGGCUCUAGAGACAUAUCGAACAGCUUGUUGCAAUGGUCGUGGAGCGAUUCUGCUCUGUGUUGCACGGGGAAAGGUCUCGGAGGGCAUUGACUUUGACCAUCACUAUGGCCGCACUGUGCUAUGUAUCGGUGUUCCAUUCCAAUACACAGAAAGUCGUAUCUUAAAAGCACGUCUCGAAUUUCUACGGGAGACAUACCGAAUCCGCGAAAAUGAUUUUCUCUCAUUCGACGCUAUGAGACAUGCCGCACAAUGCCUUGGUCGCGUAUUAAGAGGCAAAGAUGAUUACGGCAUUAUGGUGUUGGCGGAUCGGCGAUUUCAGAAAAAGAGAAACCAGUUACCCAAAUGGAUUAAUCAGGCUCUGCUCGAGCAAGACACCAAUCUCAGCACUGAUAUGGCUGUUGCCAGCGCCAAAAAGUUCUUAAGAUGGAUGGCCCAACCUUUCAAAGCCAAGGACCAAGAAGGUAUUAGCACUUGGAGCCUGAAUGACCUGGAGAAGCACAAAGAGAAAGUAGAAGAAGAUAAGAUCAAAGAACUCCAGGGUGCCCAAAAUGGAGCGUCCAGUGGCGCCAUCGGACACGACGAAUUUGGUGACGAUGACAUUGAAGAGGCUUUAAUGGAGGUUGAUGCUUGAACUGGGUACUGCAUUUGAUGGAGAAGUUUCGUUUUAUUAGUUUUGGCUGGCAUGAAAAUAAUUAUAGGUCCUCUGGCGCUUGUGCAUGGGUUCGAGGUUAUUAUGGAACUUUAAACCUCAAGUAUUCAUAUUGCGCAUUUGAAUGAUACUUUUUCGAUUCUAAUUGACACCUUGCAGACUAUUACUGAGCUAGCUUUUUAAAAAUGCAAAAAUUUCCCUCCCAUUA